UGACAUUGUCCCUCCUCUUCCUCCCGGGCCCUGUCUGGGGCCGCCGCCACCCGCCUUCCUCGGGCGCCUCUCGCGCACUCCCCGCCCUGAUCAGCACGUCCUAGGCAGAUGCUACCCACGGAGGUAACUUCCCAGGAACUUUUCAAGAGGGACCUUGUCGUGUCCUUUAGCCCCAUCCUCGUGUUUGGCCUGGUAUUUGCAGCGCCUCUCCUCUGAGACUCUCCGCGCAAAUUGAGAAAAACAUGAAGAAGUUAAAACUUAAGGAACUAGAAAGCCGUCUUCAGCAAGUUGAUGAUUUUGAGAAUCCAAAAUUACUUCUUGAACAGUAUCCAACAAGACCACACAUUGCAGCAUGUAUGCUUUAUACAAUUCACAACACUUUUGAUGAUAUUGAAAACAAGGUGGUUGCAGAUCUAGGAUGUGGUUGUGGUGUACUCAGCAUUGGAAGUGUAAUGUUAGGAGCAGGGUUGUGUGUGGGGUUUGACCUAGAUGCAGAUGCCCUGGAAAUAUUUAGUAGAAAUGCAGAAGAGUUUGACCUCACAAAUAUUGACAUGAUUCAGUGUGAUGUAUGUUCUUUACCUGCCAGAUCAUCAAAAACUUUUGACACAGUAAUUAUGAAUCCUCCUUUUGGGACCAAGCAUAAUAAAGGAAUGGAUAUGACUUUUCUGAAGGUAGCUUUGCAAAUGGCACAAACAGCUGUAUAUUCCCUACACAAAACUUCAACACGAAAACAUAUACAAAAGAAAGCAGAUGAAUGGAAAGUGAAGAUGGAAGUUAUAGCAGAACUUAGAUAUGACUUACCAGCAUCAUACAAGUUUCAUAAGAAGUCAUCUGAUUGGUGUCAUGUGCUUUGAAGUUGGUGGAGUAGAAACAUUCCAGAAAAGUUAAGUUGUCUCUAACCCUCUUCUAGAUGGGUUGAGGGCACUGUAGUUAGUACCUCUAGCAUAAAGAAUUCUAUUGUAGGAUUAUGUUUGUAUUGCAUAGCAUUUAGGCUCAGCUCUUGCUUAUGGCUUACCACACUAAGACCCUGAAUUAAUCUAAUUAAGACUUAGCAAGUGGGUGCAAGAGGCUAUCAGAUCUUGUUUCCAUGUAUCAAAUAAAUUUAGUGUCUAAACUCCUACUUGCUCCCACCUACAGUUGACUAGGGUGAACUCCUGCCCCCAUUGAAUGCAACAGCAGAAUUCCAUUUGACUUCAGAUGGGACCAGGAUUUUACUCUUAAAGGAAGAGUCAUGGCUUUGGACUAGUGUGAGGGUGUACCAUGCAUAAGGGCAGCAUGGACAAAAGCAAUCAAGAGCUGGUGGGAGCAGGUAGUUAAGUGAUGGCAGAGUAGGAGACAACAGAAGCAGCAAUAGGUGAUGUAAGAUAUAUGAGGAAGUGGUUGAGUUAUGAUUAAGGACCAAAACUUUGUAUUUCACAUAGUGGAAGCAGUAUGUGUUUUGGGGGUUUUUUUUGAAGGAGAGGAGAUGACCACCUGGUU